GAAUUAGAUCUAAUCUAUAGAAUGUGUUCGAUUUAUUUUUACAUUUAUAAUUUCAUGUGAUUUCAUGAAAUUAAAAGGAACGCUGCCCGAUCCCUCGGAGCCGGGUCGCAACAUCGAGCUGGAUAUUCGUCGGCAAUUCAUUCGCGAGCUGGGCGCCAGCCGGAUGACAGCUCACGCCCUCGCAGUGCGUUCCUUCAAGGUGACGGACUUCAAUCUGCGUUACUUUCAGCGCCAGAGAUUCCGGCUCAGCGUCGAGUUGGGUGAUAGUCGUCAGAACAUUGUGGAUGCCGAGGUGCUCCGUGCCAUCGGAGAAGCGGUGGAGAGAAAUGAAUCGGAUCUUACGUCGCAACCACGUACUCCGUCGCCUCCAAGAAACAUCGAUUGGCAUAACAUUAGACGAGAUAAUUCACCGAUGGGAAACGAUGAUCGAUCGCAGGCAAGGAAUCGUCAAGGAGCAGGUGACUUUCGAGGCAUCAGGGACAAUCGUAAUGCUGGACCGAAAAAUGCCCCCAACAAUCGAUAUAAUCAGCAUCCAAACAGCGAUAAUCAAAAUGCAAAUCGAGAUGAAUUCAAUCGUAAUUAUCGUAACCAAAAUAAUGAUGAAUUCAAUCGCAGUAAUUGUAAUCCAGAUAUUCAGGAAUUCAAUCGCUAUAAUCGAAACAGUGAUGAAUUCAAUCGAAAUAAUCGCAUUACGAAUCCACAACAAGAAUUCGAUCGUAAUGCAAAUCCACAAAUGGAAUUUAAUCAAAAUAUUCGAAAUAGAAAUUCAGAAACGAAUCGCAACAAUCGAAUGGUGAAUCUUCAGAAUCCAAAUAAUAAUCGUAAUACGAGCAACAAUGAAUUUAAUCGUAACUCUAAUUGGCAAGAAUUUAAUCGAGAUAAUCGUCAGGCAAGUCCACAGGAUUUUAAUCGAAAUGACAAUCCUCAGGGAUUUAAUCGGAAUCCCCAGAUGUACAGUCGUAAUAUGAACCCUCAACAUUUAAUCGGAAUUCGAGUCCUCAGAGAAAUCGGGAUCUGCCAUUAAACCCCAGAGAAAUG